AUGAUCGCAUUUUUCUUAUCGCUUUCUUUAUCUUGUUCUCAAAAUAUAAUUAGAAAAGAGAGCACAAUGACAGAGUUGCUUCCUCUUGAAAAAUCUAUCAUACAUACCGAUCAUAAUGGUCUCACCCAAGAAGAGUUUGCGAACUUGAAAGAAAAAACUAUCAAAGCAAAGGAUCUUUCUUACUCACCUUAUUCUAACUUCCGUGUGGGCGCCACCAUUCUUACAACUUGUGGUGAAUAUAUUUCCGGCGCUAACGUUGAAAAUGCUUCGUAUGGUGCUUGUAUCUGUGCCGAACGUACCGCGAUUACCAGAGCAGUUGUAAGUGGCUUCAAAUCUUUUAGGGCUAUUGGUAUCAGUACCGACUUGAAGGAUAAGAUUGGGAGUCCCUGUGGGAUUUGUCGGCAAGUCAUUAGAGAGUUUGGAUUGAAUGUUUCAAUAUAUUUAUUCAAUGUCGAUGGUUCCAAGUAUUUCAGAGUCCAGUUGAAGGAUAUACUACCAUUGAGUUUUGGACCUUCCGAUUUAGGACUUCCAGAACAUGAUGGGUGA